UUCGUUCAUUCAUGGGGUUGGCGGGCUACUAUCAACGAUUCAUCACCGGAUACUCCAGGAUUGCUGCACCUAUGACGAGGUUACAGUCGCCAAAGGUGCCAUUCGUAUUCGAUGACGACGCACGCCGGUCAUUCCAAGCACGUAAGACGGCUAUGCUCAUGGCACCCGUCCUUAGCAUUUAUGACCCCACCCUGCCGACACGAGUGACUACGGACGCUUCCGGCUAUGGCAUUGGGGCACUCUUGGAACAGCACGACGGCGACGACUGGCACCCCGUGGAGUAUUUCAGCCACAAAGUGCCUCCCAUCAACUCGCUUGAUGAUGCAAGGAAGGAGCAGCAACUCGCAUUCGUGAUGGCUCUCAAACGUUGGCGGCACUUCCUCCUUUGGCGUCGUAGGUUCACAUGGAUCACAGACAACAAUCCACUGACCUACUACAAGACGCAGGACACGGUGAGCAGCACGAUCGGACGAUGGAUGUACUUCAUCGACCAAUUUGACUUCACACCAAAGCAUGUCCCCGGCCUCUCCAAUCGCGCAGCAGAUGCACUCUCGCGAAGACCUGAUCUUUGCGCUAUGACCCAUCAUGCCUUCGCAUUCGACGAGGAGCUUCAACGACACUUCAUCCGGGCAUAUCAGUCUGAUCCGGACUUCGACACGCUCUAUGCACAACUAUCUUCGGAUCACCCGCCGGCCAGCCAUUACCGCAUUGCCGACGGGUACUUGCUCCUCCACUCGAGAGGCAAGGACUUACUAUGUGUCCCACGCGACCGUCGUCUUCGGACUCGCCUCCUCGGCGAGUACCAUGAUUCACGACUCGCCGGCCAUUUCGGAGUCCAUCGCACUAUUGCACGACUUCGACAACGAUUCCGAUGGCCCGACCUCAUUACCGAUGUCACUCGGUAUUGCGACUCUUGCGAAGUUUGCCGACGCAGCAAACCCCGCAACCGCAAUCCCUACGGCGAGUUACACCCGAUGCCUAUCCCACGGGAACCCGGUCUCUCCAUUGCCAUGGACGUCACCGGUCCGUUCCCUCGCGACCGGCUCGGGCACGACGACAUCCUCACGGUUGUGGACCGAUUGAAAGACAUUGUCAGCGACCGCGACACUCGUUUCAUGUCGGCGUUUUGGAUUGCUCUCAUGCAGGAGUCCGACACAACAAUGAAACCAAGUUCGG